GUCGUUAGACUCCGGUCCACGCAGAGCGAUCGCUCUUCAGAAAUAAUAUUUUUUUUUGUCAUCGUAACAUUCAUCUGUUUCGGAAAAGCGCGUAAAUCGCUCCAAAAUGCAACGAUUUCCGUAUUCCGGACACUUUUUCGCGACAUUUCCGGUGGAAAUACGAGACUAAACGAUGAAUUGGAAAUUAAUUUUCACUCGAAAACUAAUUUAGCGUAUGUUUAUUUAGAUAAUUAGGAUGUGCCGCAUCGUUACGACGAAUAAUUUUUGAAUUGUUUAUGUGAUUUAUGUGAAGGGAAUUUUUCAAAUAUGACCUAAAUUAUGGAAUGUUGUUAUUUCCAAAAUUAUCGACUGUGAAAGAUUUAAUUACAGUAUGUGGUGGUUAAUCUUAUCACUAAUAUGGUGGUGCGGCUCAUCAGCCAUUCCAUCAACAGGACCGGACUUGUGGAAAUGUCCAGAAAUUGAUUCUCAACCUUUCGUUGAAUGCAGUUGUGAUAUGCCGCACACGCUCAGAUGUACAGGAGAUAAAUCGUCUAUGAAAAUUAUAGGUGAAACGUUACGUGCAAAAUCUUCUUUUUCGGUUUCGUUAUUAGAUUGUACGAUACAAAAUUUGACGUCGAUAUCGGAACCGAUUUUAGAAGAAGUUUCUUUGCACGGACUCGUUAUAUCUUCAGGAGAACUUAAGAAUAUAGUCGAAAACGCCUUCGAUAAACUCGCUUCGCCUUUACAAGCCUUAGGAUUACCAAAUAACCAACUGGAAACGGUACCGAUUUCGGCUUUAAGGUCUCUACCUGAAUUAGAUAGAUUGGACAUUUCAGGAAAUAGAUUACGAAAUUUGGAUCGUAAAUCUUUCGAGGGUUUGCGAAAUUUGUCGUUCAUAGAUAUCAGCGAUAAUUUAAUAUCGAAAAUAACACCCGACGCGUUCGAUAAUUUACCGCAACUCAAAAUCCUCCGCCUUCGAGGUAAUCAAUUGACAAUAUCGGCAAUAUCAAAAUUGAAUCGUCUAUCGACUUUAGAAGAACUAGAUCUAUCGGAAAAUAUGUUGAUAGGGCCGAUUGGACCUUCGACUUGUACCAAAAUGUCUUCUUUAAAAGACCUUCAACUUUCCCACAACACUUUAAGCAGCAUCAAAAUGGGAUCUUUACAAGGUUUAACCGCGCUCACGUCUCUAAGGCUACAACACAAUCAAAUCGACGUAAUUGAAGACCACGCUUUCAGUCAUCUAAGUUCUUUAUUAACUCUAGAACUAGCUCACAACAGAAUCGUAGCGGUUUCCGGCGCUUCUUUGGCGCAUCUACAAAAAUUAACGUACCUCGACAUGCGACAUAACUUCUUAAGAGCUCUAACCGCCGAUCUAAUCCAACCGCUACGUAAUUUGAGGUCUCUAAAAUUAGACGAAAACGAUAUAUCGAUAGUAGCCAGUGACGCUUUCAAACCCACAACUUCACUAGAACAUUUCACCCUAUCGGAAAACCCAUUAAACUGCGAUUGCAGCUUAAGCGAAUUCGCCACGUGGUUGAACAACUCCACUUUGAACCAACAAGAUAAAUCAACAGCGGUAUGCACGACGCCUCCCCAUCUAGAAAACGGUUUAUUAAUAGAAAUGCCGACGUACAACCUCAUCUGCGGCGACGAAGACGACACCGUCAUGACCCCCAUAUCGUCUCCCUUCAAAGCUCGAAUCAACCUCGAAGAUUUCACCUACGACGGCACCGACGUCAAACUAUCCUGGAACGUCCAAGACGAAUUUUCUUCGUAUACCUGCGACGCUAUAUUCGUAUACGAAGAAGAAGGACCCAACGAAGUUUUAAUCGAAUCGAAUCCUAUCAAAUGUAAUUCGUCGGAUUUAUCGGAUCCGAAAAUAUUAAACGUAACGCUCCCUAAAACUAUACAACUACGACGCGGUAACAGCUACAGAUAUUGCAUAGUUUUAUUGGAAACCGUUCAAACCGACGACGUUUCGUUAAUACUCGGCUGUUCGGAUAUAAUACCGCUAGUUAUUAACGCGAAAUUACCGGCGAAUGCGAAAAUACCGCGGGUCGUUUCGGUUUUAGCGAAUUUGACGUCGGACGGCGAGCUAUCGAUCGGAAUCGACGUUUACCCCGGGGUAAAUUGCGAAUUGAACGUGGCUGUAUUAGAACAGAGCACGCUGUUGUCGCAAAAAAUAAUCGAGUGUUCGAAUCCGAAGUAUAAUUUCUUCGGAUUAAACGGAGGACCUUAUAGAGUGUGCGCGAACGUUGUAACUUCUAGUCCAGCUAUCGACGUUAAUAAAUCUAGGUGCGUAACUGUGUUUAAAUCAGUCGCGACGGGGUUUACUAAUCUCGACGUGGCUUUCGUAUCAGUGUUCUUGGUUUUGUGUAUUAUGGUUAUUAUUUUGGUUUGGGGCGUCAAGAAGGUUUUAGUGAAACCUAAAACGCGAACUCAUCAGUGCUUUUUACCGCCCGAAUGCGAUAAAGACGUUCAGCAUAAUAGAUACGUUAAAUUACAAGCUACGACGAAAUUGUGAAUUUUUUUGAAGUUAGGUUCUAGUUCCGGUGUGCCAUAAUUGUGUAUAAUCUUUUCCGCCGAUUUCGAUACAUGUUAUUUUUUAAUCGCCCUCGUAAUAUACACGAAUUGUUUUGGUUGAGAUCGAAUUUUGUUUAGUAGUAUCGGGAUGUUUUUCUGUGCAUUAUAUUCCAUAAUAUCGUAAUUUGACUAUUUUUAAACAUUUUUUUGUACUAACCCUGUAUAAUAUACAAAUCUCCACCCAUUUUCGCUUCUACUGGAAUUAAUUUAUACUGCAACAACACUCAAUUACUUUAUCUUGUCCCUAUAGCCUCUUAUUGGUUUAUACCCGGCUCGAAGGACCAAAUAUUGUAGUUAUGGAUGUUGGUAUUGGGGUAGUAAACAGUCUGUUCAGUUUGAACGGCACCAAGGUUUCCAGAAAUUCCAAAUAAUGAUGAUUUCUUCGGAUUAAAAAGGGGGAACUUAGCUCCAAAGCUUACUGGUAGCUCACAAUUACAUUAUCUGGUACUUCGAACCUCUUAUUGAUUCAUACCCGGCUUGAAGUACCAGAUAUCUCAAUUAUGGAAGAUUAGAUCUCAUCAUAUUGGACGGAGGUUUCUAAAGAACAUUAUUUUUUACUCAAUUCUUCGUAAAACUACUAUUUCAUUCAAUCAAUUACAUUUUCUAGUCCUUCGAGCCUUCAUAAUUUCAGUGACUUGACUAUUUUUGAACAUUUUUUCGUACUAACCCUGCAUAAUAAACAGUACUUUAAAAAUUUUAAUGUUUCUCAUUAUUUUUACUCAAUUCUAUAUAAAACUACUGAUAUAUUCAAUCAUUUACAUUUUCUGGUCCUUCGAGCCUUCAUAACUUCAAUGACUAACUAUUUUUAAAAAUUUGCUUGUUGCUCUCUCUCAACGCUACUUGUUUUCCAUCAAAAAAUCAAGAGUAACUAACAUUUAAACUAAGUAUGUAUUUAUUAGUGUAUAUUUUUUUUUAUUGUAUAUAUUCGUUACAUUAACUUCAAUUAUAUGAUUUAAUGAAAGAUUAUAAUAAUUUUAAUUGGACUGAUUCAUCAGAUGUAUAUAAAUCAUUUUUAUUUUGUCAAUUAUACAUUUAUUACUAAUGCUUGUUGUAUUUUUGUUAAAUAGUAGCACUAGUGUGCCUGUGAAAAAUAAAAGUACCUGCUUA